CAAAUCCUCUCAUCUUGUUUGCAUUUACCUACCAUGGGCUGCUGUUUCUUCAAGUCCGAGGAACCUAACCAGCCUGAGCCGGCGGCACCGCCAUUUCCUCGUCGUCCUCCGCGGCCGUCCGGUGAGCCUUCGCAGCCGCCUAUACAGCCGCGACCUGAUGGGCCGCUGCGGCAACCACCUCAGACCCAGUCGCCCACUGUGGAAAAAUGUAUCAAUCUCUUUCAAACCAUCAAAAAGAAGGCCGACAUUGAUUAUUUGAUCGAUCUCAUCGACGACCAGUUGCAGGCUCUUCUAAAGAGGUCAAGCACUUCUUCAGAACCUUAUUCCAGUACACUGAAGGGUAGAAAGAAUUCAGUAUGGAGUUCCCUUAUCCAAAGUGGGUCUACAUUCUUUGAAUUUUUGAAUAAGAAUAUUCAGCUGGAGAAGGGAGGCGAAGUAAGGAGACAAGAUAGAGAACGAUUAUUGGAUGAUGUGGGGAAGGUGCAUUGGGUAGUAGGAGGGCUAUCCAUCAUAGCUUUUCUAUUAGAAGAGAUUAGUCAAAUCUCUGAAAACCAGAGUGAAUGCAUAGAACUCUUGAGUCAAAUGGUUAAGCUUACUGGGCAUAUAAAACUGUUGAAUUAUGAUAAGCUAGAAGAAGAAAAUAUAUUGAGAGAGGCAAUUAUAAUGAUUAUUGAAGGAUGCAUGAUGUGCGCUUCUCAACUGAAGUCUAGAAAACUUUUCAGUUUUUUAAAGGAUUCGGUAGACUCCAUAAGCUUAAUCGCUUUACAAUCAAGACAAAAUCAGUUCCGUUAUGGACUAAAACUUGAGCAGUUCGUUGUCUCCUCUCCACAGACGCCCAUUUAUCCAGGUUAUGCAGUUGGCAUCCAAAAGCAGAAGGAACAAAUAAUAAAGUUGCUCGACAUGGGAAAAGAAAAAAAAUCCUCAUUGGCUGUAGUUAUUCAUGGACUUGGGGGCAAGGGAAAGACCACUCUCGCUACUGCUGUUGUUGCUGGCAUAGAUCUCACAGAUUACAAUUACUCGGGAGUUGAAAUCCAAGAAAACCGAUCUAGGAAUAACAUAAAGUGUAUGCAGGAGCAAAUAUUGAAAGAUGCUUUCCCAGCAUAUAUUUAUGACACGAAUGCAACAUUAAAUAAUAGUGCGGAGGGUCGGGAUCAUCUCACCAGCACUUUCCAAGCGCGCGGAAAUAAGCCAGUAUUUCUGUUUAUUGACAACGCUCUCCGUACAGAAGACUAGAGAGAGCUUUUCCCAAAGCGGUUAGAAGGCCUUCCGAAGGGGAGCAGAAUAAUGGUCACAACUCGAAAUUUGGGUGUGAUGGAUAUUCUCAAAGACGCAGGCCUUGCAAGUCGCGAGCAUCGUGUGGACACUCUACCCAAGCAAGAGGCAACUAAAUUUUUGCUCAGAGAUUUCAGUCCUGAUAAUACCAGACAAAAGGAGAACGUACGAAAAGCCCUUCAAAUUUGCGCUGGGAUUCCAUUAGUCUUGGAAAUUGUUGGUGCUCAUUUGCGUAAGCAUAAACUACAUAGGAGACAGAUGUACGCAAAUGUUUGAAGCUUUGGAGAGAGUAAAUGUAGAGAUUCUGAGCCAACGUACAGUUACUUUUCUGUGUAAGGAGCUGGAGCAGUCUACGAAGUAAGCGUUUUUGGAUAUUUGUUGCUUCUUUUUCAACUGGAGUCGCCGCGAAGUGGAGUACAUUGUUGGAGCAGAGGAAGUCACACGUCUGGAAGAGGUGGCUUUGUUAAAGACGUCCAACAAAGACAAAGUAAUUGUUCAUGAUAUCAUCCAAGCAGAAGGGCUGAGUAUGUCUGAAUCCAGUAGAAUUAUGGGCAUGCAAUCCUGGCUCGAAGUUGCAGAUAACAAUCAGAGGCUCGGUCAAAUUAAAGGAGUUUGGCUUAGCGGGGAGGAUUCUAAAUCUGGGUAUCAACUUGAUGAGAAGCACAUUGUUUCGAUGAGAAGAAAUUUGAGAGUUCUUGCCUUGGGGAACAAGAUAAAUGUAUCACGGUCAAGUCAAAGGACACCCAAAUAUAAUGAAUUGAGAUUUCUCUGUCUAGGCGGCGACAUCUCUGCUUUAUGGCCACAGAAUUUAGAGUCCCUUGAGGAGUUGGCUGUGUUCCAUGGCCCUGUCAUUAAGGACGGCGUGACUUUGUAUCAGUUACCCAGGAAGCUACGGGUGAUGAAAGCCACAGCACAAUCUCACGAAUCUAGCAAGCUUGCUAACGUCAUCCCAAAUUCUUCUCUGGAGGAAUUGGAUUUAAGAGAAUUGAGAACUCUCCAGAGAUUGCCCGAACGACUUGAUCACUUAAAUGGCCUCAAGGUUUUGAUAUUAGAUGAAUGGGACAAAAUGCAGGAGCUGUCUGAGAAGGUAUGUGAACUCCGUUCAUUAUGUAAAUUGAGCAUCGUUGGUGGCCAUUCUUUAAAGAAUCUGCCAAAAUCGUUUGGGCAAUUAAGUUCUUUAGAGCUGUUGAUCUUAACAAGUUGCAAACAACUGGAAGAAUUGCCCUCUAGUUUUGGAGACCUGAGCUCUCUAAAACAUUUGAAUCUAGCAGAGUGUGAAACAUUAAAGGACUUCCUUCAAGCUUUGGGAAAUUAAGUUGUCUGAAGGUUUUAAAUCUAGAAAAAUGCUGGAAACUGGAAGCAUUGCCUUCUAGCUUUGGGAAACUUAGUCAGUUAGAGAAGUUGAGCAUGCA